GUGUGUGUGAGGGAAAAGAGGAAAGCCGUUAGUAGAAUGGAUAUGUGCCCUCUCUCCUCCACCCUUUCUUCUCCUCCCUGCUCUUCCUCCUCUCCUCCACCUCCUCUCCGGCUCUCUUCGGGCUCCUCUGCCUGCGUUGCACCCUGGGCACCUUCAGUGCCGGCCCCUGGGGGAGAAGUGGUCUCGUCGGGUGGACGGGUGGCUAGAAACUGAAAUUCAAUGUCAGCUGGGGAUCAGAAGAAUGGUGGUGACAAACCUGAAGACCUGGUGCCGAGGCCUGCGGUGUGGCCAGAGGUGGAGAGGGCGGAGUGCUUGGCCCGCGGCGCCGCCCUGAAGUGGGCGUCGGGCGUCUUCUGUCGGCCCGAACAGCUGGAGCGCCUGAGCCAGUACAGGAAGAGAGAGAGCCAGCGGACCACCUCGGUUCACACCAGGCUGAAGUCUCUGGUGCAGUCGUACCUGGAGGGCGUGGGCUGGGGUCUGGAGCAGCUGCGAGAGGCCCGGGCCGAGCUGAAGGAGGUGUCCCACACCCUGAGGGAAGCUGGACUGGAGUCGGAUCAAAACGCAGAGGGCGUGAAAUCUUUGGAGAGCCUUCGAGAGGCGUCAGUCAACCACUGCCAGCUCCUCGCUGCCGUCAGCAACCUGCCACGGCUUUACUCUGUUCGUAGCAUGGUGCUGGAGACGGAGCGUCUGGUGGAGUCCCGCCGGCUCCUGGAGGCCCACGCCCGCCUCAUGGAUCUGGAGCACUGGCAGGACGACAUCCUCUGGCAGCUCCACGGCGCUGGUGGGACGGCAGGAAGUGUGCUCAGCACGGAGGAUCAGGAGCUGGUGGCCAAGUAUUUCUCCGGAGUCGGGCAGCUGGUGGACGCCCUGGGGAGGGAGCUGUGGGCGGUGGUGAGCAGCGCUCUGGCUUUGGCCCGGCAGAAUCCCACGCCGUUCGUGUCAGCUGUGAGGAUAGUGGAACGCGAGGAGGCGCUGGACCGAGCUCUGCUGGCAGAGAGGGGGGGGUCAGGAGCCAACAGCAGGCCGCCGCCUGCUGGACGACCUCGCCGCUGGAGAGCCUGCUUCUUCCAAGUUCUAGAGGAGGCGGUGUCGGCGCGGUUUCGGAGCGUUUCCUACCUGCACACCCGGGGUCCGGGUCUGGCGGGCCACCUGUCCGCCCUGCAGCACGCCAUCGUGGCCGACCUGGACACGGUGCGUCACCUGCUGGAGCACUGCGUCCCAGAACACUACCAGCUGACCGGGGCUUACCUGAGGGCGAGCCACCGCUGCCUGCACACCCACCUGGCACAGGUUAGCAGCUGGGACCUGGAGAGUGGGGAGAUUUUUGCCGUCCUCAACUGGGUGCUGCACAUCUACAACAGCCCGGACAUGAUGGGUCACGCAGAGCUGGUGGCGGAGAUAGAGAAGGCAGAGCUGGGUCCUCUCAUCUCCACAGACGGACUGGAGCAGCUGCAGAGCAAAUACGUGCAGAGUGUUCGGAAGAGUGUUUCAGAGUGGAUGCACAAAGCUCUGCAGGUGGAGCUGCAAGACUGGCAGAGAGAUGAGGAACCGGAUACGGACCAUGAAGGUUUUUACCAGACCAGCCUGCCCACCAUCAUCACACAGAUGUUGGAGGAGAACGCCAGAGUAGCUCUGAUGAUUGGAGAGUCCCUGCGAGAUCAGACCAUACAGAUGGGGCUGUACGAGAUGGAGAACCUUCUCAACAGGUUUCGAGAAGCUCUGGUGGAUUUUGGGAAGGAGUAUCGCAGGGAUCCGAGCAACAACAAAAACAAGUUCUACCUCCACUACCUGCUGGCCUCCAUCAGUAACUGCAUCAUCCUCAAAAAGUCCGUGGAGAGCCUGCAGCUCCAGCGGUCCUCCCAGUUUGCGGGCCAGUUCUCCAGGACUCCCCCGAACCCACUGGCAGCUCUGAACCGGGCGGUGCGGCGAGCAUGUCGCCUGGUGAUGGAUCAGCUGCUGCUGGAGCUUCAGCCCUUCCUGCCGGGCCUGCUGACCCGACCCUGGCUGGCCCAGGGAGAUCCCACCCCCAAGCUCUGCCGGGUCCUGGAGCAUCACCUGGAGCUGUACAGCAGAGUUCGACCGCCUUGCCGGCAGCGCCUGCAGGAAGAGGCCCAGUGGCUGAUGGUGGUGGAGUACGUCAGGGCUCUGAUGCAGAAGAGGCUGGUAUGCCGUAGUAGCGAGGAGAGGAAGCAUCUUGCCCAGCAGAUGCUUCAGGAUGACCAGCUCUUCAGAGAGCUCUUCCACAGCCUGGAAGGUGAAGGCUCCGUGCCUGAGGUGAAUCCUCUGGCCUUGCUGCCCACGCUGGCUGACUUCAUCCGACUCAAAGACCCAGGCAUGCUCACUCUGGAGGUGUCUGGACUGGCAACCAAAUACCCUGACAUCAGUGAGGAACAUGUGUCUGUGCUGCUGGACAUCCGCGGUGACAUCUCCAGGGACAUCAGAGGAGCCGUGCUGGACCUGCUGGAGCAGAGCGCCCCCCCUCUGCCAGCGGGGUAUCGACCCAUCUUCACCGACAUCCUGGUGCCUCCCUCCACCAUGGCCUUCUGUCUGCCAACAGCUAAAUGUGCAUGACUGCAGGGACUCAACUGUUGAUUCUGCAGCCGUGGCCUUCAAACCCACAGUUACAAAAGCAUUAUUCAUAUCUUGUCCCAGUCUUCUUCUAUCAUCCAGGUUUCUAUUACCUGGAGUGUGAGGCCUUAAGGGUUGUUUUCUUAUGUUUUCCAGAGAUUUGAGCUGAUGACUUGCUGGUUCGGGUCAAACUUAAGUUAAAGAUGUUUCUUUAUUGCCUUAAAUUAUAUUUCAUGCUGUAGCAAUUAAUGAUCGUGCAUUUCUGCAGUCUAUCGUGCAGAUUUAAGAACCUGGAUAAUAAAUCUGCAGUGAAGAGCUGUAAACAAGAAUAACUGAUCCUUAAUCAGUCAAAAAAAAAAUUGCACUUAUUAGCCCCAUACUCAUCUAUUAUCAUCUUUGUCUUUUUAGGAGUUGGGUUGAUUUUUUUAAAAUUAUUUUUAGGGGGGUAAUAACAUCUCUUUUUAGUGAUUUUAAUCCAGUCAGGAAUUUAUGUCUACUUUUUUUUUUCUAUUCCUGUAUUCUACCACCUCAGUGUUCAGAUUUUUUGUAAUUCAGGGAAUGAUUUUCCAGUGUGACCGAAACAUCUUAUUAGCAACAUAUGUAAACAAAUCUAGGAGAGCUACACCCAGUAAUUUCAUUACAGUGCUGUUGUAAUAAUAGUAGGAUGCAGGUACUGCUGCUCUUUCGUGGCUUUCUGCUAUUUAUUUUUCUAUUAGGUCAAUUGUCACAUUAAAAUAUCACCCAAAAAGUCCAAAGUUACUAUCAACACCUCUUGCUUGUAUUGUUUCUUUUAUGUUAAAAGCCUAUGAUUUCAAAAGAUGUGAAGUAGUUUACACAUAAUGAGUUUCACUAUCAUUUAAGUGUCUUGAUUGCCAGCCUCGUAAUAAAAUCUUUAUUGGGGUCCACAUGUCAAACAUAUUUAAGAAAAUGCAUCUAUUGUAAAAAGCACUGUAUUCAUUUGUUUUCCACAAGAGGAUUAAUCUCGAGGCGUGGUAUAGAGAAAACAAACAAAUUAAAAUUCAAGUUCAGUUGAACACAGUUUGAUCCAUGUUAUCAAUAUCAUGUAGUUCAUUUAAGUGCUUUUUAAAUAUUGGCACUUUUGGGAGAAGAUGACCAGAUGAGGAAACCAACAGAUCACAGGUGUAUACAGACGAUCAUUUUACGGAGUAGAAAAUCAUAAUAAUUAAAUAAGUCAAGCUUUGUUGUUUGAAGGAUAAAUGGUUUUUAUUAGGUUGUAAGUGAGUAACUCUGGCUGCUAAAUCAUUAUUCCUAAAUUACCUUUAAAGUCCUUUUUGACAUCAACUCGUCAUGAAGUAUUUUUCUCUUCAGUUUUGUUUUAUACUCUUGUUUAUAAGAGGAUGUUAAAAAAAUCCUUUAAUGUCUAGAAUGUAUUUAUUAUAUUUAUAUUAUUCUUCUGUUUCCCCUACAAUUGUGUUCUAUUUUUUUUUCUUCAUUUUUUUCAUUUUAAAUAAAUAUUUUCUGGUUUAAUACCUACAAAGCACACUGUAAAGGCUGUUGCAUAAAAUGUUAAAUAAAUUCUGUAUGAAAUAUGUGUUGACGUUAUUAAAACAUUUGGAGCUCUGGUUUACCGUGUUAAAUACUCUCAAUAAUAUUUAUCAUGACAGUCUCAGUUUUUGUACAUUCACUUUUAAUCUGUAAUACGUGGU